CACAGCCUUCGUGUCCGCAGAGAAGACGAAACGAGUCGCACGUGUCACCGCCAGCGGCUUGUGGCUGAGCGAAGGCUGGGCAGCACCUGCGCGCCUGCGCACUAAACUCUGCCUGCUCUCCGAUGUCGGCUAAUAAGCCUGGCGGGCUCGCGAGGGACCUCCUGCUGCGGAACUCCAAACACUUCGAGAGUCUUGAAGAUGAUGACAAGAAGCUAAAGAGAAGGGAGAAGAACAGAGUGGCUGCUCAGAGGAGUCGGAAGAAGCAGACGCAAAAGGCCGACAAACUCCACGAGGAGUACGAGUACCUCGAGCAUGAGAACAGUUCUUUGCAGAAGGAGGUUGAGAAACUAACUGAUGAACUGAGACGAUUGACUGAAGCCUUAAAAGCACACGAGCCAAUGUGUCCCUUGCUACACUGCGCCAUAAGUCACAGGCCUGAAGUCAUUACCAACUGCCUACCAAGAUAAGGUCGUAUGGAAGUUCAAACGCAAACACAGAGCCAUUGUGGUCGGACGAUGUUAUGUGAACAUUCUGACAGUGACACGAGAACUGUGCUGUAUGUAGCGAGCACACUCUGCCAUCUUACCCUUUUAUUGUAAAUUAGAAACUGCAUACAUAGUAUCAUAUAGCAUAGCAGACUUUUAUAGUGCCUUUAUGGAUAAUAUUGACUAAUUUUGGAACAAGGAAGAAGAAAUUGUGCCAGAAUGCUGGACGUGCUGGUUUAAUCUGGUCGUGAUCAAGUCAUUGAAGCCGGUAAACCCAACUCACUUCAUUAAACGUUUAGUCUUAUAGAGGUAAGGACUGCAGCCUCUGGUAUUGGGGUCUCCAAGUAAAAACCUGAGCGACUUUCACUUGGUUACUCCCAGGAAAUUAGGUUUGAGAUUAAAUGACAGGACAGAAAUAGGCAAACAUCAGAGUGUUCACAAAGUACGAUCCUGAUACAUGUAUGACUUAUUUAGUUUGCUUUCAUAAUGAGAAAAAUCCCAAGUGUGUUCCCCAUUGGUUUCCCUUGCUUGUGCAUUCUGACAACUCCUUCACUCAGUUUUUGACCUCAGUGGUUUCACUGCUCCACAACAGGAGAAGGAAGAAGAAGUGUGAAUCGCCACACCUAUUUCUGUCAUGAACGACAGACUCGCGCUCUGAGGUAACUGUGCUCAGUUCCGCCAGUACCUGAGGCAGCACAUAGCUGACAACGGAGGCCUACUUCCUGUAGAGAAGGCCACAGGGCUGACCGCAGUUACUGUAUUACUUUCAUCUGGAAACUAUCCUUCAGACCAGAAAGCGCUCCAGUAUGAGGACUGUGGGCUUCGCAAGUCUGCAGUACAACGCAGCACUCAUGAUAAAGAAAGAAAUCCAAGCGUGUCCAUCACCCAGCCUUGCAGGAAGGCGUCUUUGGCUUGACAUAUGAAUAGCGAGUACGGCAUUACUGAUGAAGAGUGAGCAGUUGGCCCAGUGGUUUGAGGUGCUGCCGCUCAGCUCGCGUUCAAGUGACUGUCUGUACUGUGCACAGGCUCACUCUUCACAGGUUAGUUUAUUUUACAUGGCGCCUUUCUGGAGCGGAGUGGUGGCUCCGAGGGUAGGGAUUUGCGUCACGGUCUGAAUUCCCGUAAAUGGCAGAAGUGACUCCACUCCGUUGGGCCCUUAACCUGCGCUCGCUUCAUCCUGGGUGUGACGUUAAUCUGUCUCCAGCCCUGAAAGCAGCUCCUCCAACUUGAAAGGUAAAAUUUGGGGAUUGGUGGCAGCCACCAUAAAAAAAAAAAAAAACUCCCACUGUUGUGGCGUCACCCGCAGCACUUGGGUCCUAAUUGAGGUGGUCUGACGUGUGGUGGGUGCGGUAACGUGUUAUCAGCGCACGGUCCAACCUCUCACUCUCUCUCUGCAGAUGACUUACAAGUACAAAGGUACUCAAACAUUGUUGCCAUGUAUUUGUGUACAUGCUGAGCAUCAGCAGCUGAAGGUGGCACUUGUGACACUAACUUUAUGAUUUAUGGUAUGGUGACACAGGCCACAGCUUAUUGUUAGGUUAAUUGGUGGCCUUAGUUUUAGACUUGUAUGGGUUUGUUCAUCCACAUUUGUUCUCUUUGGUGACAUCUUUAUCUUUGUCUGACUCUUUUGUCCCACCUAUAUAGAUUCCGAUUGUCCCAUGGUGUGGACCCUACUUGUUUUGAAUGAUUGAGUGUUGCAUUUUGUUCCUCCGAGUGGCACUCUUUGUAUUUGUAAGUUGCCAUGUUGAUCAGUUAGUCAUUCCAUUGUAUUGUAUGCAGCAUCACGAGGGGACAAUAACGAGUCACACAUGUCAAUGGAAGAGAACUCAAAAAAUGGGUGAGUGCUGUAAAAGUCAGACUGAGCCCACAAACAAACCCAAAAUGUUAACCAAAGGUUGCAGUUUGAAAACCCCCAACUAUAACCAACCACAUGUACUUUCCCUAACUAGUGGUACUCGGGUGUUGUACCGUGUUAGCCAUUAGGAAUGUAGAGAAAGGCCAAGCAAAAUGAGCUCUUUUA